AUGGGUCGUAGAAUCAGAGCUCAACGUAAAGGAGGUGCAGCAAUUUUCAAAGCUCACGUAGCUCAUCGUAAAGGUGUACCAAAAUUCAGAGCUUUAGACUAUUCAGAACGAAAUGGCUACAUCAGAGGAGUUGUGAAAGAAAUCAUCCAUGACCCUGGUCGUGGUGCACCCUUAGCCCGAGUAGUUUUCAGAGAUCCAUACCGUUAUCGUCAGCAUAUAGAAACAUUUAUUGCGACAGAAGGUAUGUACUCAGGCCAAUACAUUUAUUGUGGUCAGGACGCCCAACUUACUGUUGGGAAUGUCCUCCCACUUUCACAAAUGCCUGAAGGUACUGAAGUUUGCAAUGUCGAGGGCAGAUACGGAGACAGAGGGACAAUUGGAAGAACCUCAGGGACUGCUUGCGCUGUUAUUGGACAGUCAGACGACGGGACAAGGACCAGAAUCAGACUCCCAAGUGGAGCAAGGAAAACUGUUGAUUCUUCGUGCAGAGCCAUGAUUGGGAUUGUAGCUGGUGGCGGAAGAAACGAGAAGCCAAUCAUGAAAGCUGGAAGAGCUUAUCACAAAUACAGAGUCAAAAGAAACUGCUGGCCUAAGGUUAGAGGUGUGGCUAUGAACCCUGUAGAGCAUCCACAUGGAGGUGGUAACCAUCAACACAUCGGACACCCAAGCACUGUUAAGAGAAGUGCACCACCUGGACAAAAGGUUGGACUUAUUGCUGCUAGAAGAACUGGAAGACUGAGAGGUGCCAAGACUCAAAAGCCUGCUGCAAAUGCUUAA